AUGCAGUCCACCACAGAAAUAUUCAACCGCCCACCCUCAAUAGCCGAAGAUGCCCUGCACUACUCCCUCCACCCCGCACCCUCCUCCUCCUCCAAAACAGACGUCUCGGCCCUAGCGCUGUCCAUCCAAUCUUACCUCGACUCGACGCUCAGGGGCUUCAUCUGGCACCGCGACUCUUUCGAGCUCAAGCUUAUGCAAGACGAGGACACGAAGCAGUACUACAUUGGUGGCGAUAUGCGCGUGGGGGACUCGAUUGAUGACGAGUGGUGUGCGGUGUGGUUGUUGAAGGAGAUCAGCGCGCGGUGGGAUGUUGCCGUCAGCGUGUACGACUCGGACGGCGACUUCCUCCUAAUCGAAGCAGCCGACGCGCUCCCAAACUGGGUAACACCGACCGUAUCCGAAAACCGCGUCUGGAUCUAUGCCGCGCAGCUCCACCUCAUCCCUCUCAAGCACGUCUCACCACCCCACACCGUGCGCCGUAAACGCCGGAUCUACGCCGACGACGAUGAGCUCGCGGGGUUUGCCGAUGUCAGUGCGGAUCCUGAGGCGGCGGGGGAAUGGCUUGCUGUAUCAGACGCUCUGAGGAUUGUGAGGGACUCUGCUGUCGAUACGCGUGCGCCUAGCGCUGUUGAAGAGAUUGUGUGGAACCGUAUCAGUGGAUAUCCCGCCGCUCUGGCAUCACAUGUGCACACGACCAAGGCAUUUCUGCCUGUAGACGUCGCAAAAGCCCUAGCAUCGAACCCAUCUCUCGUGCAAAAGGCCGUAGAGACGUUCUACACGCGCGAUCCUGCCCAAUUACGCGCCGCCCACAAAAUGACCCGCUUCCCACCCUCGCAAUCCGUCCUGCGCCGCGUCCGCCUCACACGUACCGCAUACGCCCAGCUCGUCGGUCAGAAGUUCUACCCGCCCAAGAUAUUCGGCACGUUCCGAGAGCCCGAAGGGAGCGCGAUGUGGAGAUGGCGAGAUGUCGGGAUGAAGAUCGCAUGUGGCUUCGAGAUGCUCUACCAAGAGAGUAAAUCCCGGUCUGACUCUACCUCGGACGCUCUCCGCUCAGCUGCCGAUGCGCGCAAAGACGCUCUCCGGCGCGACCCCGAAUACACCUCCUACAACCAAACGCUUAUCUCGACCAACUACUUCUCCUCCGAACUCGAAGGAUCGGCGAAAUGGACCGAGCUCGAGGAUAAAGCCGCGGACGUGUUCAUCCGCACGCGGCAGUCUGACUCGACAUCCACUCGGGCAUCUUUCGCGAGUCUGGUAAACGCCGCCAUCACGACUGCGCCGACCGACGUCGACUCGGAGCUCGAUGCCGUUGAAGACUCGGACGAAUGGCUCAACGUAGACGCCGCGUCAUUCGACACGCUCCUCGCUGACCGAAUGAACCCCAACCCCUCCACCAAAUUCUCCUCCUCACAGUCCAAGUCCAAGCCGGCCGACGCCAUGGACGUCGACACCAACCAAAAGCAGGGUGGAGAUGGGGACGACGGCGAGAUGAGCGACGGCGAGCUCAAAGCGGCCGAAGACAUGCUGGCCAAAGAGCAAGCGGCGCGCUUAUCAGAUCUGGCGAGGAAAGUGGAGAAGUUCCUCGGCGCGAAGGGCGAUGUUGAGGGUGCGCGGUUCGAUGACGAGAAGUCCGACGACGACGACGACGACGAAGACGGAGAAGGAGAUGCGCUCAGCGACUUCAGCGACGAGCACUUCUCCUCUUCCUCCUCCUCCGACUCUGAUGCAGACGAGGCAGAACAAGUCGAGACCGCAGCAUCGCGCGCCGCACGUCAAGCGGCCAUGGAUCAACUCGUGCCACCCUUACCAGCCUCCGAAUACGGCCAAAUGCCCGCAUCCUACCACUCGAACUCGCAACGCGUAGCGCGCGCGACCGUGCACACCGACACCCUCGGCGGCAUCCCCUCCACCUCCACCUCCACCGCAACAUCCCACCCAACCACCGCACCAUUUGAACCACCUCGCCAGCCCCGCGCCCCGAUCCUCAUGCGCGACCGCUACGAAGGCGUCGACUCGGACGACGAAACGGACGCCUCCUCGGCCGACGAAGCCGGCGCCGAGUCGGACGCGGAGAACCAGCCGCAGAUCGUGGACGACAUGGGGGACGUCGAGGUGGACAUGGCCGAGGAGGAGGACGAGUUUCUGGACUUUGCGCGGGGCGCGCUGGGGAUUGGGGAGGAGGAGUGGGCGGGGAUUGUGAGGGAGCGGAGGGCGCGGGGCGCGUUCGUGCCGGCGCACAGUACCGCCAAAAAGACCUCGUCCUCAACAUCCGCGGGCACAAGCGCAAACGCAACAAAAGCCAACGAGCCCCAACUCCGCGCGCCCAAACCCGGCCCACGCCCGAACGCCAAUCCGAACCUCGACUCUUUCGAGGCCGUUAUGCAAGCUAUGGAGAGCGAGCUUGCGCGUUCGCGCGCGGCGAAGGAGCCGUUCAGGGCUCCCAAGUCUGCGGCUGGCGUAACGAAGGGCAAGGCGAAGGCGAGAGAGGAUAUAGGGAAGGGGAAGGGGAAAGAGACGCUAGAGGACGCAGCGGCGGCCCUGCAAGCGUCCGUCGCCGAUCAGCUAAACGCAACGAUGAAAGCCGGCGCCGCUUCCGUCAAAUCCCAAUUCUCUACUGCCGCCCACACCGACGCAGACGAAGACGAAGAGAUGGACAUCGACAUCGAAGCCGCGAUGGACCGUGAGCUGCGCGCCGCUCUCGCCUCCUCCACCAACAACCCCGAUGACUCCGCUGACGAUGAUGGCGAUUAUGACGGCGAAGUCGACGAGGACGGCUUACCGCUCAAUAUGGAGGGCGGGCUCGAUUAUAACCUCAUCAAGAACUUCUUGGAGAGUUUUAAGAGCCAGGGAGGGUUGGCGGGUCCGGUUAGUAGUCUUGCGGGGAGGUUGCAGCCGGGGUGGGGGUUACCGAGGGACGAGGCGUGA